GGCCGGGGAGGAGGGCGGGGUGGAACGCGCGCCGGGCGCAGGGAGCUGAGUGGACGGCUGGAGACGGCGGCGCGUGCAGCAGCUCCAGAAAGAGCCGGAGUUGGCAGCGUCGAGCCGCAUUUCCAGUAGGAGCGGAGAGCCUGGUGCGGGGCUUGCAGCAAGAUGCUGAAGGUGGCAGCCUUCAUGUGCGUGUGUGCAGCAGCUUGGUACAGCCAGGGUCUAGCAGCAGCGGCGGCGGCAGCCGGGGGCAGGUCGGACCCCGGGAAUUUUCUGGAUGAUAAACAAUGGCUCACUACCGUCUCCCAGUAUGACAAGGAGGUCGGACAGUGGAACAAAUUCCGAGACGAAGUAGAGGAUGAUUAUUUCCGCACAUGGAGUCCAGGUAAACCAUUUGAUCAAGCUUUAGAUCCUGCUAAAGAUCCAUGCCUAAAGAUGAAAUGUAGUCGCCAUAAGGUAUGCAUUGCUCAAGACCAACAGACUGCUGUUUGCAUUAGUCAUCGGAGACUUACACACAGUAUGAAAGAGGCUGGUUUAGGCCAUAAACAACCGAGAGGUGGUCCCAUUUCAUCAAACUGCAAGCAGUGUCCAGUAGUUUAUACCAAUCCUGUUUGUGGAUCAGAUGGUCAUACAUAUUCUUCUCAGUGCAAAUUAGAAUAUCAAGCAUGUGUCUCAGGAAAACAGAUUUCUGUGAAGUGUGAAGGACGUUGCCCUUGCCCUUCAGAUAAUCCCACAAGUAUAGGCAAAAAUGGUCAGAGGGUGUGCAGUGACCUGGAAUUCAGGGAGGUUGCAAACAGACUGAGAGACUGGUUCAAGGCACUUCAUGAAAGUGGAAUCCAAAACAAGAAGACUAGAAUUGUACAAAGGCCUGAAAGAAGUAGAUUUGAUACCAGCAUUUUGCCAAUUUGCAAGGACUCCCUUGGCUGGAUGUUUAACAGACUUGAUACGAACUAUGACCUACUGUUAGACCAGUCAGAGCUUGGAAGCAUUUACCUUGACAAGAAUGAACAGUGCACCAAGGCAUUCUUCAAUUCUUGUGACACGUACAAGGACAGUUUGAUAUCUAACAAUGAGUGGUGCUACUGCUUCCAGAGACAGCAAGACCCACCUUGCCAGACAGAGCUCAGCAACAUUCAGAAGCAGCAAGGAGGAAAGAAGCUCCUAGGGCAGUACAUCCCAUUAUGUGAUGAAGAUGGGUAUUACAAACCAAGUCAAUGCCAUGGAAGUGCAGGGCAGUGCUGGUGUGUUGACAGAUAUGGUAAUGAGGUAACAGGCUCCAGAACAAAUGGUGCUGCAGACUGUGCUAUUGAUUUAGAGAUCUCAGGCGAUUUUGCCAGUGGUGAUUUUCAUGAAUGGACAGAUGAUGAGGAUGACGAAGAUGAUAUAAUGAAUGAUGAAGAUGAAAUUGAUGAUGAGGAUGAUGAUGAGGAUGAAGGCGAUGAUGAUGUGGAUGAUGACGAUCAUGAUGGAUACAUUUGACAAUAUUAGAGGUCAAUGAAUUCUUCCUUUCUAAAAUUCAAAAGGUGACAUCUCAUAGAAAAUUCCUUUGCUCUCCAAGAUCAAAAGGAUUCUAAACAACAUGUAUAUUUUGUAUGAUUAUUUCAAAUAUUGCAGCUGGAGUCAUAGACUUUCUUUGUUUAAAUAAGAAUCAUUAUAUUAUGUGCUUUUGAGUUUUUAUAUGCCUUUGAGCAGAAGAAAACACAUUGGAAGUCUAGCCUGAAGAAGGAAAUGUGAUGUGCUACUACAAAAAUAAAUGUGCAAGGACAACCAAACUUUUAAAAACUUCCAUGAAAAUGAUAUUGUUUGGAACUUUGGGUGGCCUCAUUAAACAUGAGUUCAGUUAUAUGUUAAGGCGGCUUUCACUUUGCAAGUGAUUUAGGCCAUGUAAUAGAUUUCAUAAUUGUGCAUGACCUGAAUCGACAACUUAUUACAAUAGAAAUUUCAACACACAAGUAGCAUCUCGCAAACCUUUAACCAGAGGUGUGCUGUGACUGUCACAUAGGAGAAAAUAAUGUUAGGCCCUCCUUUGUGUUUGCAUUUAUAGUUAUAUUUUUUAUUAGGAAAUGUCUAGGUUCUUGAAAGGAUGUUUAUCAAAAGCAGUAAACAUGGACAAGUAUUGAUUCUACAAAUCUAAACUUUUGUUGUCCUUUUUUUCAUUUUUCUUUUAAUGUCAAACUCAUAUAGACUUCGUUAUUUACUCAAGCAGCAUGAUGAUUUUACCCUUUUUUAUUUCUAUAUCUCUAACAAGAAGAUUAGCAUAAAAUAUUUUAAAUUGAAAAACUUUGUGUAAAAUAUAGUACAUUUAAACAUUACUGUACUUGAGAGUACUGGAACUUUCCCCAAGACAGUUCUAACCCCCCCUAAUCAUACCACUUAGUUUUUCUAUUUCAGAAAAUAGUUUUCAUCUUUAUCUUAAUUCAACUCCUUUUCUGUUAUUAGUGCAGAAAUUUAGAGAACGUAUGGUAAGGUGCCUUGCAAAAAUAGAAAUAGAGAGGUUUUAGCAUGCAUACCAAUAUAGGCUGUUAGGCAAUAGCUAAGCACACCCAAUUACCAAAUUAAUACCAGUAUAGGUACUGCUGCUGGAAUGAAGAAAAUGGGUUAUUUUAAUUUUUUCUAUUGUUAUGUAAUUACCAUGUGGACUAGCUUAUGAUUAUUGUGUAGAGUAGCACUUAAGAUUUGACUGUAGAGAAAAUUACUUUAAUCACUGUAUUUAUGUUAGCAUGUUAAUUAAUUGUGUAGACGUUUUGGAACUCCAACACCUUCAUGCAUAUCAGACCUAUAUGGCUUUUUGCCCACAAUAAAACUGAAACAACCUAUGUAAUAUUACACGACUGAUUGUGUAAUUUCAACAGGGGAUCACUGGUUUCCCUGAUUUCCAUCUGCAGUUAAAUGACAGGAAAAUCAAUUUAUUCUUUGCAUUUGAUUUCUACACAUUUAAAUACUAAAUUUAAUGUUUAUCUUAUGUAAUAUUAAAAAGUAUAAUGCAUUUUCUUUUUUACUGUUAUGUAUAGUUUGCAAAAUAAAGACUCUUGUAACCAA